AUGAGCCUGGUAGCCUGCGAGUGUCCGCCUGGCCCUGGUCUAGAGCCUGAACCCUUCUCCCGAGCCCGGACCCAGGCCCACAUGUACUUGGAGCAGAUUCGAAAUCAUGUGGCCCCCGGGGCGCCCGAAAUGACCAAGCGUGACUACCUGGUGGAUGCAGCCACACAAAUCCGUCUGGCCCUAGAGCGUGAUGUCAGUGAGGACUAUGAGGCGGCCUUCAACCACUACCAGAACGGUGUGGAUGUAUUGCUCCGUGGCAUGCAUGUUGAUCCCAACAAGGAGCGCUGUGAGGCUGUGAAGCUGAAAAUUACCAAGUACCUGCGGCGGGCAGAGGAGAUCUUCAACUGCCACCUACAGAGGACACUGGGUGGCGAAGCUAGCCAGAGCACAGGUUUCAGCAGCCUGAGACUCCGGCCCAUCCGCACCCUGAGCUCUGCCCUGGAGCAGCUGCGGGGCUGCAAAGUAGUCGGGGUCAUCGAGAAGGUGCAGCUGGUCCAGGAUCCAGAGACUGGAGGGAUCUUCGUGGUGAAGAGCUUGCCCAGGUGCCAUGUUGCGAGCCGGGAGCGACUGACCAUCAUCCCACAUGGCGUCCCCUACAUGACGAAGCUGUUGCGGUACUUUGUGAGUGAGGACUCCAUCUUCCUCCACCUGGAACAUGUGCAAGGAGGUCCUCUCUGGUCCCACCUGCUCUCCCAGGCUUGCCUUCAACAGUCAGGACCAGGGACAGGCUCUACCAGGGAAAGGAAAAAGGCUCAGCUCAACUCCCGCCUCAGCCUCUUCAGCCCAGCGUUGCACCCCCACCAUCAGGGCAGAAUGCCCCCAGCACCUCCAAGGACCUCUCAGAACCUUCACCCAGUUAAGGAAGCCCCAUCCAUCAGCGCCCAGAAGGAGGCUGAAGGCAAACCCACAGCCAGGACCAGCGCUUCCCGCUCCUCCCACCUGCCAAAGGCCUUGAGUGACCACCAAGCCAGGCGGGAACCUGGCCAGAGCUCGGACACCAGGCCCCCUCGGGGACUCUCUUGGGUGCGAGAGGGGGCUGGCCGGGUUCUGGGGGGCUGUGGCAGAGGCAAAGUUUCAAGCCGGCCCUCAGUGGAUGGGUCCAGUCUGGGGUCUGGUGGAGGCGCCUGGAGGGUGAGGGAGGAACAGGUGAAGCAGUGGGCUGCUGAGAUGCUGCUGGCACUGGAGGCGUUACACGAGCAGGGGGUGCUAUGCCGGGACCUCAACCCCCGGAACCUGCUCCUGGAUCAGGCAGGUCACAUCCGGCUCACAUAUUUUGGCCAGUGGUCAGAAGUGGAGCCUCGGUGCUGCAGAGAAGCUUCAGACAACCUGUACAGCGCCCCAGAGGUGGGUGGGAUUUCGGAGCUGACUGAAGCCUGUGACUGGUGGAGCUUUGGGUCCCUGCUGUAUGAAAUGCUGACAGGAACAGCACUGGCCCAGAGCCACCCCUCCAGAAUCCAGGUCCAUACCCAGCUCCAACUGCCUGAGUGGCUCAGCCGCCCGGCGGCCUCCCUGCUGACUGAGCUGCUACAGUUUGAGCCCAGCCAGCGCCUGGGCUCUGGAUCCAGCGGUGUCAGCAAACUCAAGGCCCACCCCUUUUUCAGUACUAUCCAAUGGAACAAACUGGUGGGGUAG